AUUCAAAAUGCCACCCACGGCAGCAUAACGGCUUUGAAAAAUAAUCUGAAAGAACUUCCCUCACCAAGGCCAACAAGAUCGAGCGACUCCACUUCGACUAUAUAUGAUCGACCAAGCGAGUACGUCGUCGUCGCUGGCAACCGGUCUCGACCGCAUCGCGGGCUUUUCAUUUUCGUCGCUCAGUGUAUUACAGUGCAGUGGCCGCCUGUGAUAAUUCAACCGAGCGAGAGAGGAAAAAAGCUUUGUACUCUAUCGCUUAUCGCGAUAAAUUGAAUUAUGUUCGCUCGUUAGGGAUCAAGAGUGAGAGAGAGAGACUAUUGGCUACUGCAGGGAGCUUUCGAUGAAAGCUCGUCGCGGGAUAUUUGAGUGAGUUUUCGCGCCUUGGCUGUGGUCGACCUUUUUUUCUCGAAUUAAAGUAAAGCUUCCAUACCACGAUGGUCCUGGUAGUGGAGAUCGAGGACAGAACCUCGCCGAAGCCGUUUCUGGGCGGUUGGCGGGACGUCGCCCGCGACCUGGAGUACCACGACGCCUGUUCCCAGACUCCGGUGGAGCUUCUUCACGGCAAACGUCGGAGAUUGGUCAACCGACCGGUGCAGACGUCAGCCUGGGUCGAUCGACGCUCUCAGGCCGUCUGCGUGGGUGGAGGUGUCGAACGAGCAGUCCAGGUCGUUCCGGAGGCUUUUCCCGAAGUUGGCGAGAGGAUCGUUGUGGCUAGAAGUGAGGAGGAACUCGAGAUGAGACGCGACGCCGCCGUUAAGAUCCAGAGGUUUUACAGGUACGGGAAACAUCGGAGCUACCAGUCGAGCGUCGCCGAGGAGGACGAGGCGAAGGAAGACGGCAUCAACGACCUUGACGAGGAUCGAUCUGCUUUCGACGACGACUCGCCGGAUUAUCGCUCCACAUCGCGUUCCCUCGGCGAGUUCCACAUCGUAGGUCCUCAAGAUCGUGGCCCAGGCGACUUGUCGCUGCUGCGGAACCUCCUGGAUCGCUGGGGCUGCGCCGAGGAGUCGAAGAUUCUCGAGACCCACCCCGGAGACGAUCGAGAGAACUCGUCGGCGAGACGCGCCGCUCAGUCGGACAGACUCGAGCGCGAGAUCGAGAUCCUCAGGGCCAUCGAUACCGCCAGAAGCGACGUCUCCAGGAGAAGGAGCGAGAGGACCAGGGCCAGGUUUCUCGACGAGCUUUCCAAGCCCGUUGAUCUAGGAGGCCCGGAAAAGUUAAACCGAAGCAAAGUGCGCGUGGAGACCCUGAGCGUGCAGCGGGCUCGCGAGUUCCGCGAGAUCUACGAUCGCCUCCUUCUCGACGAGGACGAUGCCGAGGAGGACGAGUUCGAGCGAAUCGAGCUGCUGUUUAAUCUGAAGAAAAUCGCCUCGCAGCACACCUGCCCCGCUUCCUCGAGCCUGGAGAACCUCAUCGAUCAGGAACUGUUCCUGCUGUCCUCGAGGGCCGAACCGCAGAGACUCGAGCACCUGAGGAGUCGCAUCAAACUCGGCUUUCUGCGACUGGCUCGGGCUGCUCUCAGACACGACUAUUCCGUGAAGUGCUCGAGUAGAACGCGGCUCUGCCCCUCGUGCGGCCGACUCAAGAGGCUGGAGGCGUUCGAAGUCGAUCACCGGGAGAGGCUCUCGAGGACGUGCGUCGAUUGCGCCGCGCUAAGGACGAGGCGCACCGAAGCAACCGCUCAUUGCGCCGAGAUCUACGAGAGAAUGCUCAAGGAGUUGCGGCGCAGCGAAGCUUCCAGACCUGACGGCGCCAGCAGCUUAGCCUUUGCUAUGGGCCCGAAGUCGAUCGGCUACUUGGUCAACGACAUUUGGCACGGUCGCUCGGCGAUCUCGGAGUGCCAGGAUCUGGAGCAGUUGCGCCUGGUGCGACUCGAGCCCAGUCUCGCCUGGUCACCCUGGAACACGUUACUGACUACCAGAAGGGAGGCUCGUAUGCACGAGGCUCUGGCUCGGGAGGACGACGCCUACGACGUCGAGCUGAGGCGCAAGUUUCGUCGGAUGAACCUACAGGCGAGGCUGUACUUCGAGGCGCUGGCCAAGCCCAGCGUUUCCGGCCUGUCGUUGUGAAAGUAUAGAAGUUUGCUUUUUUGUUAUCGUGCGAUGUUCGUAGAGCUAUCGUUGAAUAAAGCAACGCGCAUUUGGCGCUAUUUGAAAAGUUUAAA